AUUACUGGAGAAGAACUGCGAAUCGACCCUCUUUCUGGUUCCUCGUCCAGGCAGCCCUGGCUCGCUCGCUCGCCACGAUGAGAACUGACUUCGCUCUGGUCCUGACAGCAGCCCUUCUUCUUGACACGUUCUGGAGGAAUAAUGGGGAGCUCGCUUCCAAAGGUCCCUGCCAAGCUGGCUUCUCACAAAGCUUCUACUCUGUGCUGAUUUCAAGGGAUGUACUGCAAGGCCAGGGCAUACUUAAAGAUACCACAGUGUCAUCACAAAAAGUGAAGUUUGAUGACUGCAUGGGGAAUAAAGCUGUGGCUUUCCAGAGCAGUGACCCUAUCUUCAGCGUGCGGACAGAUGGGUCCAUCUUUGCCAAGGGAGAGGGAGCCAGCCUGGAUGAACCGGUCCAGUUUAAGCUAACAGCAAGUGGUCCGCACACGAAUGUCUGGGAGACUGUGGUCCAACUGGCACUAACUGACUCAUCGCCACCUCAACAAACUGAAAAUGAGGUCACAAAGGAAGAGGGGAAAGUCACCGAGAGAAAAGAGAGGAAGGAGGCGUUCCAAGCACCACCUCCUGUCAUCAUGUUCUCAGGGUCCGGCCUGAACAGCUCCAAGGGUCUGCGGAGACAGAAGAGGGACUGGGUGAUCCCACCAAUCAACGUGGCAGAAAAUUCUCGAGGACCAUUCCCUCAGAUGCUCGUCAGCAUUCGCUCAGACCAGGACCAGGACAUCUCGAUCCGGUACAGCAUCACAGGCGUGGGAGCAGAUCAGCCACCCAACGAGGUGUUCAGCAUCGACCCCGUGCUCGGAAAGAUGUUCGUCACCAAACCUCUUGAUCGAGAGCAUCGCUCGUCUUACCAUUUGCGAGCUCAUGCCGUGGACAUGAACGGGAACCAGGUCGAGAACCCCAUUGACCUGUACAUCUUCGUCAUCGACAUGAAUGACAACAGACCCGAGUUCAAAAACCAGGUUUACAACGGAUCUGUGGAUGAGGGCUCUAAACCAGGAACGUAUGUGAUGCACCUGUCGGCGUUCGACGCUGACGACAACACCACCGCCAACGGAAUGGUGCGCUAUCGAAUCCUGUCGCAGACGCCGCACAGCCCCAUCCCCAACAUGUUCACCAUCAACAGCGAGACGGGAGACAUUGUGACGGUGGCGCCUGGUCUCGACCGAGAGAAAGUGUCCCAGUACACCAUCAUCGUGCAGGCCACGGACAUGGAAGGCAACCUGAACUUUGGCCUUUCAAACACAGCCACCGCCAUCAUCACUGUCACGGACAUCAACGACAACCCUCCCAUGCUGACCUCCAGAACUUUCUCCGGUGAGGUCCCAGAGAACCGGGUGGAUGUCGUGGUGGCCAACUUGACGGUGAUAGACGCCGACCAGCCACACUCGCCUAACUGGAAUGCCAUCUACAGGAUCAUCAGCGGAGACCCGUCAGGGCACUUCACCAUCCGCACUGACCCCGUCACCAACGAUGGCAUGGUCACCGUGGUGAAGCCGGUAGACUUUGAGAUGAACCGGGCCUUCAUGCUGACGGUGGUGGUGUCCAACCAGGCCCAUCUGGCCAGCGGCAUCCAGUCCUCCCUCCAGUCCACAGCUGGGGUCACCAUAUCUGUCCAGGACAUCAACGAGCCACCGUACUUCCCCACCAACCCAAAACACAUCCGCUUCGAGGAGGGCGUCCCCGCGGGAACCAGCCUGACCACCUUCUCAGCCUCAGAUCCCGACCGACUGCAGAUGCAGCAGACAAUCAGGUAUUCAAAGCUGAAUGACCCCGCAGACUGGUUAUCCAUCAACAGAACCAACGGUCAGAUCGUGACCACGGCGAUGCUCGACCGGGAGUCCGUCUAUGUCAAAAACAAUAUAUACGAAGCCACUUUCCUGGCAACAGACAAUGGCUCUCCUGCAGCCAGCGGCACAGGCACGCUGCAGAUCUAUCUGAUAGAUAUUAAUGACAACCCCCCGGCACUCAUACCCAAGGAGUCUCAGAUCUGUGAGCGGAUGAACAAAAACGUCCACGGUGUCAACAUCACUGCUGCUGAUGCCGACAUAGACCCCAACGCUGGACCCUUUGUCUUCGAGCUGCCCAGCUUUCCCAGCAGCAUCCGACGCAACUGGACAAUUUCUCGGAUCAGCGGUGACUACGCCCGUCUAGGGCUGCGGUACCAGGUAUAUUUAGAGCCAGGGGUGUAUGAGGUCCCUGUAAUUGUGUCAGACUCGGGGAACCCGCCGUUGUCCAACAGGUCGCUCAUCAAAGUGAAGGUGUGUCCCUGUGAUGAAAACGGAGACUGCACCACUCUGGGGGCCGUGGCAGCCGCUGGUCUGGGGACCGGGGCCAUCAUCUCCAUCCUCAUCUGCAUCAUCAUACUGCUCAGCAUGGUGCUGCUGUUUGUGGUGUGGAUCAAGCGCAGAGAGAAGGAGAGGCAGACCAAGCAGCUGCUUAUUGACCCUGAAGAUGAUGUCAGGGACAACAUCCUCAAAUACGACGAAGAGGGAGGAGGAGAAGAGGACCAGGACUACGACCUGAGCCAGCUGCAGCAGCCUGACUCCUUGGAGCACAUCAUCAGCAAGCCACCUGGCGUCCGCAGGGUGGACGAACGUCCCAUCAUCCCCGAGUCUCAGUACCCAAUCAGACCCGUCGUGCCCCACCCUGGAGACAUCGGGGACUUCAUCCACGAGGGUCUGCGAGCAGCAGACAAUGACCCCACGGCUCCUCCGUAUGACUCCCUGCUGGUGUUUGACUAUGAGGGCAGCGGCUCCACCGCCGGCUCUGUCAGCUCCCUCAACUCCUCCAGCACGGGGGACCAGGACUAUGACUACCUCAACGACUGGGGCCCCCGCUUCAAGAAGCUGGCCGAUAUGUACGGAGGAGGGGAUGAUGAUUAAAUCUGCCCAGCCACACACGCGCACACACACACCCACCCUCGUCCAGUCAGCUGGCCUGCCAUGCUCUGUCCCUCUAACACAUGGGGCUAUUACACCCUGAUUGAACACACGUUAACAAUUACAUGUUCACACUGACCGACCAACCAACCAACCAAUCAAAUUACCCACCACAGAGGACCGGUGCCGUGAGUCAGUUUCGGGGGCUCUUCUCAACCGUCUCCUGCUCUAAGCCUGUCAAAGACUGAAAUGGAAGCCCUGAAUUGCAGGCUUCUCAUAGUUUGUAUUCUCAAACUCUUGUGCUUUUGUUUCAAUUUAGGUUUCAUGCUAGAUAUAGGCUUUAGGUUUUUAGGAGUCAGAUUUUGUUUUUGCUUUAGUCUGUGCAGCUUUUUUUGUCCCCACUCCCCUCGGAUUCGAGCCGUUCCCUAUUCCUGAGGGUUUUCACUUUUCCCUCUCUGUCAGCCCCCGCCUGCCUCUCUGCAGAAGCUUUAGGUUGAGCAGCUUGCUUUGUCUGAGGGGAACAAAAGAAAAAAAAAAAAAGAAUACAGAUAUAAAAGUCCUUCUUGCACGGAGGGCCCUGGUUUAUUCUUUCUUGAACUUGAAUUACUUAGAACAGAAGCACUGUUGUUUAAAAAGUGCCUUCAGUGGUGCGUAUUUUAGCAGACUCCCGCUAACUCAGGAUUGGUUGCCAUUUUCUGGGCUUACAUGCCCCCAUAUGACCCCUGACCCUUUAACUCAGACCUCCCCUUGUCAUUUCUGUCGUCCUGCAGGGCUGGGGUAGCUGCAGGAGAUGUCAGCGCUGGUUUCAGAGGAGCAUUGACUGGCUUACGAGGGCGCUUUAUGUAGACAUACUGAUCAUAGGCCUACAGUGUGUCUGUAAGUUAUGGACAAAUCAUCGACUUUUCAAGUCAGGCAUAUCUGUACUCCUAGAUCACAGCCAACUUGAUUGAACGUGAUUGCUGAAAUCACGAGAACACAUUAUGGGACUGUCUUAGAGAAGAAAUGCAUCGCGUGUCUUUGUUUAUUGUGGCUUCUAUAGCAGCUGUGUUUGUUUUGAGCUCUCAGUAUUUGCACCUAAAACUUGAAAAGGCUUGUUAAAUUUUGAAGAUUGAAAAGUCACGUGUGUUGCAAUGUCAAUGUAUAUGAAGUACAAGUAAGGGUUAUUUAAGGAGACUUUACCUUGAAGAUCAUUUAAGGUUUGCAUGUUUAUCCCUUCACCCAAAGGUAAUUAACAUGGCACCAGUUAUUGUGUGGUAAAUGUGUCAAAGAAAACUAUAUAAACUGUACAAACAUGAGGGGAAAAGAAAAUACUGCUUCAAAUAGCUAUAGUGAUACAUACAGAGUUGUGAGCCCCAUUCUGAGCCCCUUUCUCGUCCAUUUUUUUUUCCUUUUGUUGAUUCACUGUUGUUUCUCAGCAAACUUUUAAUAUACAAACUUUGGUGCUGGUCCCUGUCACAGAAACUGGGGGAACUGAGCCUCAGCCAGGGAUUUAGCGCCUUCACAAUCUGUCUCUCUUCAGGCAGCAUUUCAUUCAUCUGAAAUUUUCUCCUGAAAUUUUUGGCUGCAAGUUCAAGAGGUUUUGAAAAGAAGUUAGAGGAAGGGAAAGUCUGUUAUGAAGUUCUGCGCUUUAUCAAAGCAGACUUGCAAAACUAAAGCUUCAGUAAUAGCGCUUGAAAAGACCGACAUUUUGAAAGACAGUUUUGUUGUGACUUAAUGAAAAAGCAGCACUACCCAUGGGCUUUUGUAAUCAUAUUUCAGGCCUCCAAACUGCAUGUAGAGAACUGAAAAAAGAGCUUUAGUCUUUGUAUUAAAUUAUUUAAAUAUGCAAAACAUUUCACAGAGGGAACAGGGAGAUGCUGGUGAAUGAUAGAAAGGUUUGAUCAUUCUUUAUCUUCUGAGUGCCCAUUGAAACGCUUCUCGGUUGUAGCCAGCUUCAACCUGACUGACCAGAUUUUCUAUUAAUUAUGAAUAUGAUGAAUGCUUGGAGGAAAUCUCAGUGGCGACAAUGUUGUGUGAUGGGAUGAGAAGCACCCCCCCCCCCCUCCUCCUUUUCCCCCUGCUGCUGUUCCUCACCUGUUCACGAAUGGUAAUAAAAAACUGUAGCUACACUUUCAGAGUAGAAAGGAAUGAGCUUGUGAGCUGUUCGUACAAAAAAUCUUCCUGCCGUAACAAAUAAGGAAGAGCGGGAUUUGACUAUAAGCAAGGGAAGGAAGGUCAUAGUAUAAUUAAUUGGGUUAACAGGGUAAGAAUCUCCUCAUUUACAUUAACAGAUAACUGGGUGCAAAUUGCACCUUGCGGUGUAGAAAGUGAGAAAAGCAGUAGUUUCCAGAGCGUGCUGCUGGAUAAGCUCUUUUCUAUCCAAGUGCUCCUCAGCCUGCAGAAUAUCUUCACAAAAUAAACACAGCUGUUACUUUCUCCUAUUUGUGAUUAUUUCUGACAUAUAAAUGUUGUAUAUACAGAACAUUUUUAUACAUUUGGUAACAUGAUUUAAAUGUUUCUGUGUGGUCUUUGCAUUUUCUUUCACUCCAGUUUUGUUUGAAAAUGAAUACCUGGCAAUGUAUAUUUCACCACAAGAAGCCAUGUGCAUUUAAUGAGAAUCUGUACGAUUCUUUACGAGCUUACAGCCAUACUCGUAUCGCUGUUCAAGUUUAGCUUCAUCACGCUGAGAAGGAUCCACUGCAGACCAACUUGUACAGUCUCUACUAGCACACACUCACUCCUCUAGGCCUUACUGUAUAUAUGUGAGUGUUCUAUAUUAUACACGCCCUUUCAGCAUUUGUUUUAAUUCAGCUGCAGGGCUCCAACAUUAUGAAGGUCAUCCGGCCUUCACAAAAUAAUGACAUGCUUCACGAAAUGCUCAUGCUUUCUUAUUAGACAUUCAUAUCGGAUUCAGGGCCAAACAUAGCAGGAGGCCACACACACACACACACACACACUCACAUACACACGACACAAUGCCAUUAUGAUAGUGAAUGUUAUCAAUGAUUCGCAAUGACACAUGGCAGCAAAUCACCAGUGGAGUUGGACAAACUUGACCUCCCAUUUAAAUGCAAUUUAUGAGGGGACAUGAAGGAAGAUUGAUCAUUUCGUGUCACAUACUUGGUCCACUUGUCUUAUUGACGUUCCCUCGCUAACGUGAGGGGAGAAUUAGCAAACGAUAGAAUGAAGGGAGAACUAUCGCACAGCUGUAGUCCACCCCUGUCUUCUGGCUCGGCCAACAACGGCUCUUCUGCCUCUCUGACUGGUGUUAACUGAAGGACACUCGGUCUCACUCGGGACACUGCCUGACCAUGGACACACACAUGACGGGAGGCUCCAGCAGCAGUUUCCUGCUCUGCUAUGGCCAGAACUACAAAGACAGACAGCAGUGUGUCAUAUGUGUUCGCCCAAUACUGCUCAAGUCCAAGUGUACAUAAUGUAGUAUUUGCUUGAAGCUAAACAGACCAAGUUAGGCAAACUGUAACUGUACAAUUGGAGCUUUUUGCAUGUGUCUUUUUAUAAUGGACAGAUGAGUUCUAUUACAGUAACCAUACAACAUUUUAAAAUGUGUCGCAGCCCGCAUGACCGAGGUUGCAGUCCAGAAGGGAUUCUCGUGUACCAUACUCGCAUAGUUUCAAACGGAAGAGGAAAAAAAAGCUGAAAAAAAUAAUUGCACAGUUAUCGAGUCAAAAGACUUUUUUUGUAAAUUGUCAACAGCACAAAUAUUUUGUAUUGUUGUUUGUACCAUUUUGUAAGAAAAUGAAGAAAAACUAGAAAAAAAGGGAAAGAAUCUGUUGUUCCAAGCGUGUGUUUAUAGUGCCACUGCAAUCUUGGUUUCCAAAUACCGUACAGUAAAUGCGCAGCCUUGCAGAUCAACCUUGUAAUAUAGACGCUGAGCUGGAGACUCC